AUGAGCGUAAUAUCCGUGGAAUUCAUCGAUUCUGUUCAGGCUUUGACGGAUGUCGAAAUCCUUGACCAAGACUCCCAUGUGGUGGUCAUUGAAGACUCGGAGCCAAACUAUAUAAUGGUUCUAGACGAAGAAGACACCAUAGACAGCAACCCGAAGGAAAUAUUCUCACCCACCUCAACAUCUACUCAAACGAUUCCACAAAAGUUCGUCGGGAGGAGAGGGCUGCGGCAGAAGAUUUACAGCGACAACGCCACGAACUUCGUGGGAGCGAGCAACGUGCUCAAGGAUCUGAGCGCAGCGUUUCACCGCAGUCAGGAAAAGUUGAGAGGAUACGCGGCUCAGAGAGGCGUAGAGUGUUAUUUCAUACCGCCGAGGUCACCACACUUCGGAGGACUGUGGGAGGCAGCAGUCAAGGCCGCCAAACACCGGCUGCUGCGAGGAGUCGGCAACGCCAAGCUGACAGCGGACGAGCUCAGCACCCACCUGGUCGAGGUAGAAGCGCUGCUCAAUUCUCGACCAAUCGCGUCGACAGGCAACGAUCCCAACGAUAGAGAGGCCCUGACUCCAGGACAUCUGCUUAUCGGCCAGCCUCUGAUCACGCUGCCGCAAGAGUCCGGCACAGGCGGAAUCUCCAACAAGGCCAGUUGCGGAUAUUUGAGGCGAUGGCGAAUGCUGUCCGAUCUCAAGCACCUGCAGCAUCGCAACAAGUGGUGCGUCGAGGGCCGCGAUCUGGAGGUCGGGUGCCUGGUGCUCGUGCACGAGAACAACAUGACCCCCCAAAGGUGGCUUACAGGCCGCGUGGUGGCAACAACAGUCGGUGAGGACGGAAGAGUGCGUGUGGCGGAGGUACGGACGUCAGGAGGCGUCAUCAAGCGCGCCAUCCACAAGCUGGCAUUGCUGCCACGCAAUGCUGCAAAGUACAAUAUCCAUAUAGCAUAUCCGCAAAUGAAUUCCCUGAAGAAUCCCGUCAAUCCCAAUAGCCUCAAUGGUGUGGCCCAGAAUUUUCAAGCCAUACUGCGCCGCAUUCUCCAAAACCCGUUCGGUCUUCUGCAAGCAUACCUCUGGCGAAUCUGA